AUGGUUGUCGCUUUGUUUGCCGGCUUUGUUAUGGCAAACGGCGGCAUUGUGCUGGGUGACAAGGAGAACCACCGGGCGGGCAUGCACUUGCCGCAGAUUCUAUAUUUCUUUGCCUACAUUGUGGGAGUAUCGGCACCGGCCUUGGUCCCAAUUGUCAGUCCGCUGUGGCCUAUGCGCAGUCUUACCCUGGGACUGGUUCUGGGCGUGGCCAUGACAUACAGUAUCAGAUAUUACACCGUCGAGCACCCGUUCCUUCUGAGCGAUAACCGGCAUUAUCCGUUCUACUUGUGGAAAAACUUCUUCCGUCGUCAUCCAGCGGCCAAAUAUUUGGCCAUACCAUUCUACAUAUAUGCCGGCUCGGCGCUGCACACACUACUUUCCGGUACUUUACCAUCCCUUACUACAUUGUGA